AUGUGUGAGUUGUACCCGUACCUUGCAGAGGAGGUGAAGAAGAGCAUGUUCAAGCGGGAGUUCGGAAAGAUGGACGACAACAAGGCACGCUUGCUGGACGAGAAGAUCAAGAAGCAGAGGGUACAGCAGAUGAAGGUGGAGCUACACCGCAGCGACCUUGGCAGGGAGGUGACCAAGGCAAUAAUGGACCUGAUCGACUGA